AUUGACUGUAUUAUUAUAAAUAAUAUAAAUGGUUUGUUAAAUAGUUGAAUCGUGAUCAAAACACAUGUUUUUUUAAGUAUCUAUUUUGAUUUACUCAGUAUGUUUUUGUGUUGAAAAAAAAAGAAGCAAACACCUAUUCACACAUGCACACACAAAUUCCCAUAAAUCAGUAUGUUUAUUUUUAGUGUGUAAAAAAUAACCAUCGUCUUAACUUGUUAUUAUUUUAUAAAUUUAUUUAAAUCAUUAAAUGUAAUAAUAAAAAUAAAAAACAAGCACCUGAUAAGACAAACAAGCUUGACAAUUGCAAAACAACAAGUUGACAAAUUUAUUAUUGUUCAACAUUCUUUGACUGUUGAUUAAAAAAAAAUAUUAUUACAUCAGAUAGAAAUAAAAAAAACAAGUUACAAAAAUAUCAAGUAGUCUUAUUAUUUCUUUUUUUUUUUCUAGCGUCAUUUAUAAAUUAUUUAUAACAAUUUCAUUUGAUUAUUUAAAAAUAAAAGCUCAUUAUUUUAAUCAACACACUCAAAAAUAUAUUUUAUUUUUUUUUCUAUUUUUUGUUAAUUCAGUGAAUAAAUUUUAGUGCCAUAUUAUUAGUGUUUAUUAUUAAUUUUUAUAAAUUUAUUUAAUAAACAAUUUUGUUAAAUUUUUGUAUUAUUAAUUUAAUUAUUAAUUAGUGUUGAGGAAUUUUUUUUUAAAGACAUUUAAAAGAUACAAAUCAUCUAGAAAUUGUGGCUUUUUUUUUUGUAUAAAUUUAUUUAAAUAACCGGUGGUUUAAUGUUAGUUUAAAAAUUCAACAUCACAAUUUUAUGCUUAUCAUCUAAUCAACUAAAAAAAAAAAUACAAUAAAUUUUAUUUAUCAUCAUUAGACAUCGUUAGUCGUUAGUCGAAAGCCUUUGUUCUCGUCGAAAAAAAAAAAGAGAAAAAAGUUCCACGUUAAUAUCUUUUCGAUGAAAAAAUAAUUAAAUAAUAUAUUAAUAAUAAGUUAAUAAUUGUUGUUGUUAAAAACAUAUAAAUAAAAAUGUACGUGACAUGCAAGUGCUUGAAUGUGUCUAUCAAGACACGAAGCAGUGAAUUUAAAAAUUUCAAUGAGGAUGAUAUUGAGUUAUCACCAAUUGAACGUGCUAAUGAAUUUUUUAAAGAGAAUCUAGCAAUGGCCUCGAAACUCGAGGGAAUCAACAAGGAACAAAGUGGCCUUGUUGAAAGUGAAAAUAUUGGCUCGUGGGUUGUUAAUAAAUGUAAUAAUUGUAACAUGUUAACACAUGCUGUACACAAAGAUCAUGGAGCAGCAAUGGUUCUAAUAAAUACAAAUAUGAUUAUGUCAUUUGAUGAAAUUCAAAAGCUAAAAACAAGUCCAAAUUAUAGUAAUAUAUUUAAAAUAAUUAUUGAUCAUAGUGGUGAUGACAGUGAAUAUCUUCCAGCACCAACAAAAUAUUCUGUAUCUCAAUUAUCAAAUAAUCUUCAAUUGGCAUUGACAAAUAUUCAACAUCAACUUGAACAAUCUGUCCAACGAAAAUCAUCAGAAAUUGAAGAAAAAAUUCGUGAAUUUACUGCUGAACAAUAUCAACACUUGGAGGAAUUUCGUGAACAGGCACACAAGGAACAUCGUCUUUUAGCUAGAUUAAUAUGUAACCAGACAUCAACAAAAACACCAUCAAAGCCACCACCACCAAUAACAACAACAACGUCAACAACAACAUCAAAAACGUCAACAUUAAUAACACCAGCGCCAACUCCAGUAACACUAACAUCAUCAACAAAAAUACCAACACCAAUUAAAUAUAAAGAAACUAUUGAUUCUCCAUUAGUUAAAAAACCACUUGAAACAAGUGAAACUGAUGGAUCAUUAUUAAUUAAUGAAAGUAAUAUUGCUAUGAAAAAAUCAGGAAAUAGUUUAAUAAAUAAACUUGUUAAUAAAAAUGAUAAAAAAUUAAAAACAAUAUCAAAUGAUAAUGAUUUUUAUGAUAAUGGAGCAUUAUUUCCACUUGAAGGAAUGGAUGAUACAUUGAAUGUUGAUGCUGCUAAUUUGUCAACUGAUGAAUCUGAUACUGACGAUUCAGGUCAAGAUGAGGGAAUUCAUAUACCAAGAGGACAACGAAUUGGUCAAUCAACUCUUGCCAAAUCAUUACCUGUUACUGUACCUAAUUUUUCAUUUGUUCGUCGAACAUUACAUGAUCAAGAUGAAGAUCUACUACCAAUGGAUCAACUGGAUCCUCAUGAUAUACGUGCCUCGAUAAAAGCACUUGCUAAAAGUGUACAUGGUGAUACAGUCUUUGGUGAUUUACCACGUCCAAGAUUUUCAACUCAAAUCUGACUCUAAUGAUCCAUCAAUAUCAUCAUCGUAAUCAUCUUUGUACUGGACAUUUGGUUACUAAAACGACAUUUAGAUAUAAGUACUAUUCUACGUUAAUUAUUACUACGUUUUUUUUAAAAAAUAACUAUAAUUUAUAUAUUAUUAUUUCGUUUUUAAAGUAUCUUUAUCUCACUACGUUUUUUUUUCUUUUUCUUUUAAAUUUUUAUUUAACUUUUUUUUUUUAUACCUAAUUAACAAGCAAUAAAUAAUAAAUCAAUAUUUAAAAUAAUAAAACGAAAAAAAAAAAACGAAUUAUUUAAAUUGAAAAAAAAACGUACUGGUAAAUUUGAAAUUAUUUUUUAUUUUUUUUUACACUGUUGACUGUCAAAUGAGAUAAUAAAAAACAAAAUAUAAAAAAGUUAGUAUACCUGUGGUAUUACUAGACUCAAUUAUUUUUAAAAAUGAAUUAAAUUAAUCAACGAAACAUAUUUGAAAUUAAAAAUACAAAAUUAAAUGUAGUUUUUUUACAAUAUAAUAAUUACACUGUUGACACACCACAGUGAUUAUUGAAUCAUUUGCCUUUAAUGUAAUUAAUUGAAUUAAAUAAUAAUAAUAUGUAAAUUGUUAAUCCAUGACUUGUGGAUCAACUCAAGUUAUUAAUAUCAGGUUUAUCAAAUAUUUUCAAAUUAAUAUAAAUUAAUGUAAACGAUUAAAUUUCAACGUUAAUAAUUGUGGAACAAUGACCAUCAUAGUACAACAAUUUUAUGUGAUUAUUCUAAUUAAAUAUUAUUAUUUUUUUUUACAUUAAUUAUUAACUUUUAUUAUUGAAAUAAUUUUUUUUUUUUUCCUUUCUUUUCUCUUAUGAGUUUUAUUAUUAUUAUUUUUAAUUUUAAAAAAAUUUUAUUAUUGACGAUUAAUAUUAUGAAAAAUUUAAUGUAUAAAGUGAGCUUUUUGUGUAAUUGCUGCAAUUAUUAUUAGAAAAAAAAAAAAAAAACAAAUCGUUUAUAUUCUUUAAAAAAAAAUUGUUUAAAAUUAUUUUUUUAUAAUAAUUUAGAUUACUUUUUUUCGUUUUUUUUUUUUUUUUUUUUUGUUUCUUAGAAUUGAGAUAGUAAUAAUUAUUUAUAAUGGGUUUAUAAUUAUCAUUGGAAUUUUUUUGUUUUUUUUUUUAAUGUAUUUAUUGGAUUCAAUAUUGAAAAAAAUAAAAAUGUAAGAAUACAGA